AUGCGCAGAGGGUUUUCAAGAAUGAAGUUGCAUUGCUUAGAGAGGACAUUCUCCCAUUCUGCACCUUCUUUGACUCCCAUCAAACUCCCUGCUCCACUGGAGACUCAUCUGUGGUAUGUGAAACCGAGUGAGGUGAAGAGUGAAUCCUUGUUGAAUCGUUAUUUAGAUACUUUGUCUCCGUGCGAGAGGGAGAGUGUGUUGCGACUGCAGGGUGAGGAAUCGAGAAAGAGCGCAUUGCUUGCGCGUGCCUUGGUUCGGACGACAAUUGCCAGAUAUCAGAUAAACUCACACGCCGAUCCCAAAUCAUUGAAGUUCCGGAAAAACUUACAUGGGAAGCCUGAGAUAGAGUGGCAAAUUACGGAUAAUUGGUGUCCACCUCCUUUGCAUUUCAACAUCUCUCACACUUCUUCUCUGGUAGCAUGUGGAGUGACCACCAAAGCUCGUAUUGGUAUUGAUGUGGAAGAAAAGCAGCGAAAAAUUAAGCACGACGUUUUAUCUUUUGCUCGACGCUAUUUCUCCAAAAACGAGCUUAGAUUCUUGGCGGCAAUUUCCGACCCACAAGUUCAGCACAUGGAAUUUGUCAAAUUAUGGACACUCAAGGAGGCAUAUGUCAAAGCCUUGGGCAAGGGGUUCUCUGGUGCACCUUUCAAGACAUUUACCAUACAUGUUGAGAGUGUGGAUGAACGAGGCUUCAGUUCAGUUGAUUAUGAUUAUUCAAGUCGUAAGGUUUCUGAAAUAACCGUGGAGUCUCUCGACAAAACUGCUGGCAUUACAAGUAAUUGGCAAUUUGUGCUGUUGGAAUUGGCUAAUUUGCAUUAUGUGGCCAUUUGCACUGAGAAACUUGGUGAUGUUGAAGGCAAAAUAAAUGUUCCGAGGAAGUUAAAGGUGUGGAAAACAAUACCAUUUUUGGAGGAUGUAUGUGUUUCUGGAACAGAUGCAGUUAACAUAAUUUGUGGCUUGCAGUGA